GGGUUAUUCUCGUCAAACCGGAUAUGCAGUCACAGAAUACUGUUCCACAAUAUCGUAUAUUAUUGUCCAGGAACCAAAAGAAAUGUAUAAAAGUCCGCAUUUUUAAAUACGCAAACUAUUGUUGUCUUUUGGACCCCUAUGAUUUUACGCGUAUUUUUCUUCCAGUGGCCGCAGAGCUCACCUGAGUCUCGAGUUUCGAGUGACGUUCAUUCCUUCCUCACUACAAAAGGAUACGGAGGGCACACCUGCCUGACAAAAUACAGCCGCUGUGUCCACACUUACUCGGAUUUCUUUACCUUUUUUUUUUUUUUUUGAGGAACUUAAAGUUAGAUGUUUUAAAGCUCAUAUGUUUUGAAAGAUUUUGAGUAAAUAUGUCGCAGGAUAAAGUCUUCUUUACCCUCCUCUUGUUCACAGGCUGCACCACAGCAGUCAACGUGGUCUGCCCUUACCCACGAUACGUGGUCAUAUUAUUCCAGCCGGUCACCCUCCGCUGUGAUUUCUCUACCACGGGUCAAAGCCAGCCAGUGAUCAGCUGGAAAUACAAGUCCCACUGCAGAGACCCGAUACAAGCUGCAUUAAACCCCAGUAGUGUUGACAAUGUCAUCGCUCAGUCCAACCCAAGCUACGACCCCAACAGAGAGUGUUCAGACAGUACCAGGACCGUUCACAUAGUAGCUUCAAAACAAAUGGAGGUCACACUUGGGAGCGCGUACCAGGGCCGUCAGAUCAGCAUCACAAAUAAUGCAGACCUUAACAUUGCUCAGACCGCGUGGGGUGACAGUGGAGUGUACGUCUGUAGUGUUGUUUCAUCCCAGGACCUUUCAGGAAAUGGCGAGUGUUAUACAGAACUCAUUGUGCUUGAGAGAAAGUCAAAUACUACAGACCUGCUGCCUGGCAUCAAUUUACUGGUCAUGGAAGACUGGUUGUUAGUGGUGUUGGUGGCCCUGGGAUUCCUCCUGUUGUUGUUCCUGAUUGGUAUCUGCUGGUGUCAGUGUUGCCCUCACACCUGCUGCUGUUAUGUUAGCUGCCCCUGCUGCUCGGAGCGCUGCUGCUGUCCCCGCGCAUUGUAUGAGGCUGGUAAAAUGUCAAAGUCUGGCAUCCCCAGUCAGUAUGCACACACCGUCUAUGCCCAAAGCAUGCAUGGCCAGCCAACUUUUGGAGUUGGUGGAGCUGCGCCGGGCAUACCCCUGCUCCCUAUGCAGGUGGGUGUCGCUGGUCCUCCCUUCAAUGGCUAUGGCAAAGACUUUGACAGAGCCAACUCAGACCGUAGUGGAUACCGUGUUCAGGCCGACCAAGAUGGAAACCCAACUCAGGUGCAUUACUAUAUGGAGCAAGAUCUGGCCAACCUCGACCCCAGUCGCCCAGUGAACACUCCAGGCAGAUACAGUCAUCUGGAUGGUAUGAGUAAUGUGAGCUCUCGGCACAUCCGACGGGAUGAGCCCAGACGGGGACCUGACUAUCGAGGACAUGAAUACGCCACAGAAAAUUUUGAUGAUAACAGCCACAAUUACGAAGAUAGAGAUGACUAUGCGCCAGCAUGCCGAGAUGGCAGAAGAGGAUCGGAUGAGGAGUGGAGCAGCAGUGGACGAGGAUACGACCGUGUCUUUGAUGAUCAUCGGCGUCGUGAUUACUCUCAUGAUGCUCGUCCGCAGCGUAGAGACUCAUCCCAUGGGGCCGGUUUUCAGGGCCGGCGUAGCCAUAGUCGUGAUGACCUGAUGGAUCUGGAGCGUGAUCGUGGUCGUGGAGGCUGGGAUGCAUACGAUGGCAGCCUUCUGAGGGAAGCCAUGGAAAAAAAGAAGCUGGUCGAGCAGCAGAGAGGCCGCAGCCGUGAGCGGCUUGAUAGUGAGACCGACCGUUUUGACCGCUACAGUGGGCCACACGGUGGACCACCACCUCUGCCGCUCAUCCCACCCUCCGGAGACCCUAAUCGUCAUGGAAACCAUAGCAACUCCACACCUCCUCCCCCUCCCUACACUGAGGACAGUGACAGUUUGCCAUCGUCCAAGAAGAGCAAAUUAAAAAAGAAUGGAGCUGUGAGCAGGGAGAGUAUGGUGGUGUGACGCUCUGGUGGAAAUGAUGUGUGUGUGUGUGUUUCCUCUGCCAGUUCAUGCCACUUACAUGUGUGUAUUUGUUUGGCUUGAAUGCUGAGAGGAUUUUUGGUCCAUAUUUAGAUGUCUUGAAUUUUUAUGGGAUAUCUGAAUGUAAAAAUGGCUAAUUUAUUAAUAUGUAAUGGCAACUGAUGUAUUUAUGGUUUUAAUAGUUUGGUUCCUCCCAUUAAUUAUUUUGUUCUUUUUUUCACUAUAAUCUCACAUUUCAUACAGUGGUUCAUAAUUGUUCUAUUUUUGUACAGUCAUGUAAUGUACAUUUUCAA